AUGUACGUGCCGCUCCUCCUGGACGCCGCGGGCCAGCUUGACGGGCAGGAAGGCGCCGCGUGGCGACAGCACCCUGCUGCAGCACACUGGUGGGAGAACGCCGCGGCAGGAUACGUGCAGCCGAUCGCCCAGGACAUCGUGAUGCAGAUCUUCGGGGGGGGGGACUUCAUCCGCGCUGUGGAGCAGGGCCUGGAGCACCGGGCCCGCCAGACGCGCGCGGAAGAGGCGCCGAGGACAAGCCGCAGGCGGAGGGAGAGGGAGGCGCCGCACCAGGCAGAGGAGGGAGAGGCGCAAGAGGAGGCAGAGGACGAAGAGGCGCUGGAGGAGGCAGAGGGGGCAGAGGCGCCCGAGGAGGCAGAGGGCGAGCAGGCGGCAGAGUCUGCCUUCCCCGACGCCGCCUGGGCGCUUCUUGACGCAGUGGACUUGGAGGCCGAACUGCGCUGGCGGGUGCCGUGCAUCCGGGCGCCGCCGGCUUUCCUCCGCGGCCGCCUUCGCCAACUCUACCACACGGUCCUCGAGGAGGUCCUGCGCGCAGACGCCCUUCCUGGCGACGCCGACGGGCUGCAGAAGGUGAGGGCUUGGAAGCUCCUGCUGGCCAUGGACGAAGACGAGACGCUCGAGCUGCAAGCUGCCGUGGCGGAGCGCUACGCGCGGGCCGAGAUCCCAGCGAGCGCCCACGACCGCGGGCUGCAGGAGGCGCUACACGACCUCCUCGACCUCGACCCCGCGCCAGCUGAAGCAGAGAGGCUCUCCCGAGUGAGCUCGCUGCCGCUCGGCCUCGGAGGCCUUGGACUCAGGUCAGCCGCGCGCACGGCCGAGUGCGCGUACUGGGCGUCUUGGGUGGACGCGCUCCCCAUGUUGCGACAAAGAAACCCUACAGCAGCAACGGAGCUCACCGCCACCCUCGCUGGAACAGGCGCCACAGCCUCGUGCCUCCAGGAAGCUGAGCGCGCGAGGGCUGCCGCCGCCCGCGACGGCUUUGCGACGUGCCCAACUUGGCAGGAGGUCUGGGGCGGCGCGCGCCCUGAACAGACAGAGCCAGAGCCGGGCGAGUGGAAGCACGGAUGGCAGUACCACGCCUCCGCAGCCCGAGACCGGCGCUACAGGGAGGAGGUCGUUCUCCCGAGCCUCACAGACGACCAGCAGUGGAUGCUCGACUCGCAGGGAGGCCGCUGCAGCGGACGGCACCUGGCCCUGAUCCCCUCGACGCCAGAAAGCACGUUCACGCCAGAGCGCUUCCGGGCACUGCUCCAGAGACGGCCCCGCUUGCCGCUGGACGCCACGGCAAGCAGGUGCAACGGGCGCUCCUGCCAGGCCCACUUGGACGAGAGAGGCGACCACAGAGCAGCUUGCCCCCGCAGCGGACGCCUGCUGAAGCGCCGCGCUCCCAUCGAGCGGAUGUGGGCCCGGGUGUGCCGGGAGGCAGGAGGCCGCGUCCGCACCGACGUGUUCCUGCGCGACAUGAACCUCCCGGGCAUUGCCGCCAACGACGGGCGCUGCAUCGAGGUGGUGGCCAACGGCCUCCCUGCCUACCACGGCAGGCAGCUCGCCAUCGACGCCUGCAUCGUAUCCCCGCUGAGGGCCACCGGCCGGCCGAUUGCGCGGAGGCUCCGCCCAGGACUCGCACUGAAACGGGCGAGGCGCCGCAAGCAAACGACUUGCCCUGAGCUGGUGGGCUGGCGGCGGGGCUACCUGCUCGUAGCCGGAGCAGAAACGGGCGGCCGCUGGGACGAGGAGGCGUUCAAGCUCCUCGUUACCCUGGCCCGCGCCCAGCGACCUGCGGCGGCGGGCGCGGCGACCGGCGGCGGCAGGACCGGCGGCGAGGCGCGGCGGCCUGCGGCCGACCUGCGGCAGGCGGCGACGGGCCAGGCGCCGCGGCGAAGCGCGGCGGCCGGCGGCGGCGCGGCCGCGCGGAGGCCGAAAGCUGCGCCGCCAGCGCCGCCCCGAGGGCGGCGGCGGCGGCACCGGCUGGCGGCGGCAGGCCCGGCGGCGCAGCGCUGCGACGAGCGGCCGGCCGGCGACUGCCGGCGACGGGCCGGGCGCCGCGGCACAAAGCGCCGGCUGGCGGCGGCGGCUGGCGGGGGCUGGCCGAGGGCGCCCCGGGCGCUCCUGGGGCGCCGAGGGGCUUGGGGCAGCUGA